AGCGGGACCGGGCCCGCUGGACCUGCCGGCCGGACUGGACUUGCCCUGGGGCCCGGGCGGCCGGACCGGACCGGGCCCGGUUUCGGAACGGCACUGGACCCAAGAGGGGAGCCGGACUGGGGCCGGACCCAGGGAGGGAGGGAGGCUGGACCUGAGCGGGACCGGGACCGGACCGGACCCGGACUGGACCCAAGAGUCCGUCGGACUUGGGCCAGACUGAGGCUGGACCCCAGCGGGACCAGGACCGGACCCGGACCGGACCCAAGAGUGGAUCGGACUUGGGGCAGCCUGCAGCUGGACCGGGACCGGACAGAAGGCCGAUCGGAACCGGACUGAACCCCCCUAGUGGAGCCGGACUCGGGCCAGCCUGAGGCAGGACAGGGACCGGACCGCAGCCGGACCAGAGUCGGACUGGACCGUGGACCGGACUUGGGCCAGACUGAGGUUGGACCCGAGAGGGACCGGGACCGGCCCGGAACCGGACUGGACCAGAGAGUGGAUCGGACUUGGGCCAGACUGAGGCUGGAGCCCAGCGGGACCAGGACCGGAACCGGACUGGACCCAAGAGUGGGUCGGACCUGGGUCAGGACGAAGCUGGACCGGGACCGGACAGAAGGCAGAUCGGCACCGGACGGGGCCCGUCUGGGGCAGAAGUUCUGGGGAUCUGUGUCCUGUGACCCGGGCCACUGAAGAGCUGUUGCUGGCAGGAUGGCCUUCAUCAUCCAGAUGGUUUCCUUUCUCUUCCUCGUGUCCUUGGCAGCUCCCGGAGGUGCAAGGUGUCCUGACCAGGAUCCCACACUGCAGCCCUGGAAUCCCGGGCACGACCAGGAAAACCAUAUCCACAUCGGCAGGGGCAGGAAGCUGUUGCUCACAUCCUCCAUGACGGCCCACUCUAUCCGCAUCACAGACGGAGGGAAGCUGGUGAUCCGAGACAACUCCGUUCCCAUCGUUCUGCGCGCCAGGCAUGUGCUCAUCGAGAGGGGAGGCGAAAUGCACGUAGGCAGCGAGGCCUGCCCUUUCCACAGCAGCUUCAGCAUCCGCCUGUUUGGAAGAGCGGAUGACGGGACCGUUCCUGACACUUACUUUGGGCUCAAAUACAUCGGCGUGGGGGAAGGCGGUACAUUGGAGAUGCAUGGUGAGAGGAAGCUGGCCUGGACCUUCCUCAACAAGACCCUGCACCCCGGUGGCCUAGAGGAGGGCGGAUACUAUUUUGAACGCAGCUGGGGCUACCGAGGAGUCAUAGUUCAUGUCAUCGACCAGAAGACGGGCUCCGUCAUCCACUCCGACAGGUUCGACACCUACAAGUCCAGGGAAGAAAGCGUCCGUCUGGGACAGUAUGUGAGCACGGUGGCCGACGGCCGGAUCCUGGUGGUGGCCGUCAACGACGAAGGCUCUCGGAGUCUGGAGGACAGCGCCAGGAAAGCCAUGACCAGGCUGGGCAGCCGCCAUUUCCUACGCCUGGGGUUCAGACACCCUUGGAGUUUUCUGGCCGUGAAAGGUGACCCCUCCUCUGCAGUCGAAGACCACAUUGAAUACCAUGGUCAUCGAGGUUCUGCAUCUGCCAGAGUGUCAAAGCUCUUCCGCGCUGAGAACGGGGAACAUUUCAAUGUCUCUUCGAGCAGCGAGUGGGUGCAAGACGUGGAGUGGACCGAGUGGUUUGGGGAGCGCAAAGGCACCAAAUCCAAGGAUGGGGAGAAGAUUUCUGACCUCAGGGCUGCUCACCCAGGGAAAAUCUGCCUGCGGCCCAUCGAUAUCCAGGCCAUGACAGCAGAUGGCGUGAACUUAAUCACGGAAGUGACCUACAAGAGUGGACAAGACUAUCGGUUCGUGUGUCACCAGGAAGGCCGGCCCUGCCACGACUACCGUGUGCGCUUCCUGUGUGGCAGGCCUGUGAGGCCCAAGCUGACCGUCACCGUGGACACCAACGUGAACAGCACAGUCCUGCACCUGCAGGAGGAUGUCCGCUCCUGGAAGGCCGGGGACACCAUCGUGGUGGCCAGCACUGACUACUCCAUGUACCAGGCCGAGGAAUUCCGGGUUCUCCCCUGCAAAACCUGUGCUCCCAACCAGGUCCGCGUGGCAGGAAAGCCGACCUAUCUGCACACGGGCGAAGAGCUGGACGGAGUGGACAUGCGAGCAGAGGUGGGGCUCCUCACCCGCAACGUGGUGGUGCUGGGAGAGACCGAGCCAGCCUGCUACCCCUACAGCAAGCAUCUCUGCAACUUCUUCAACUUCGACACCUUUGGGGGCCACAUGAAGUUUGCACUAGGGUUCAAGGCCAUCCACCUGGAAGGAGUGGAAUUGAAGCACAUGGGCCAACAAGUCAUGGGUCAGUAUCCAAUUCACUUCCACCUGGCCGGGGACCUAGACCAGAAGGGAGGCUAUGACCCUCCAACCUACUUGAGAGACCUGUCCAUCCACCAUACGUUCUCCCGCUGCGUCACCGUGCACGGCUCCAACGGCUUGCUGGUCAAGGAUGUGGUGGGCUACGACUCCCUGGGCCACUGCUUCUUCACGGAAGAUGGUCCCGAGGAACGGAACACGUUUGAGCACUGCCUGGGGCUCCUGGUGAAGCCAAGCACCUUGCUCCCCUCCGACCGGGACAGCAGAAUGUGCAAGACCAUCACCGAGGACUCUUUCCCUGGCUACGUGCCCAAACCCAGGCAGGAAUGCAACGCUGUCUCCACCUUCUGGAUGGCAAACCCGAACAACAACCUGGUAAACUGCUCUGCUGCAGGGUCAGAGGAAACUGGAUUUUGGUUCAUAUUCCAUCACGUCCCGACGGGCCCAUCGGAGGGGAUGUAUUCCCCCGGCUUCUCAGAGCACGUCCCACUGGGGAAGUUCUAUAACAACCGGGCCCACUCCAACUACCGCGCGGGUAUGAUCAUCGAUAAUGGCGUCAAGACCACAGAGGCGUCUGCCAAGGAUAAGCGGCCCUUCCUGUCCUUGAUUUCGGCCAGGUACAGCCCUCAUCAAGACGCUGACCCCUUGAAGCCCAGAGAACCGGCAAUCAUCAGGCACUUUAUUGCCUACAAGAACCAGGACCAUGGUGCCUGGCUGCGGGGAGGGGAUGUGUGGCUGGAACACUGCCAGUUUGCUGACAAUGGCAUCGGCCUGACCUUGGCCAGCGGAGGGACAUUCCCUUACGAUGAUGGAUCCAAGCAGGAAAUCAAGAACAGCCUCUUUGUUGGGGAGAGUCGCAACGUGGGGACAGAAAUGAUGGACAACCGGAUCUGGGGACCUGGGGGCCUGGACCACAGCGGGAGAACCCUCCCCAUUGGCCAAGAUUUCCCCAUCAGAGGCAUCCAGCUUUACGACGGCCCUGUGAAUAUCCAGAACUGCACUUUCCGGAAGUUUGCCGCCCUUGGAGGCCGGCACACCAGCGCCUUGGCCUUCCGCCUCAACAACGCCUGGCAGAGCUGCCCCAACAACAACGUCACCCACAUCACUUUUGAAGAUGUCCCGAUCACCUCGCGGGUUUUCUUCGGAGAACCCGGCCCCUGGUUCAACCAGCUGAACAUGGACGGGGACAAGACGUCGGUGUUCCACGACGUGGAUGGUUCGGUGUCCGAGUAUCCCGGCUCCUACCUGGUCAAGGAGGACAACUGGCUGGUCAGGCACCCGGACUGCAUCGACGUCCCCGACUGGAGAGGAGCCAUCUGCAGCGGCCGCUACGCCCAGAUCUACAUCCAGGCUUUCAAGACCAACCACCAGGGUCUGAAGAUCAUCCGAAAUGACUUCUACACCCACUCGCUCCAUCUGGAGGGAGCGCUGACCAAGAGCACGCACUACCAGCAGUAUCAGCCGGUCAUCACGCUGCACAAGGGCUACACGAUCCACUGGAAUCAGACGGCGCCCGCUGACCUGGCCCUCUGGCUCAUCAACUUCAACAAGAAUGACUGGAUCCGUGUGGGACUCUGCUACCCGAGGGGAACCAAUUUCUCCAUCCUGUCAGACGUCCACAACCGGCUCCUGAAGCAGACCUACAAGACAGGCACUUUCAUCCGAACCUUCCAGAUGGAGAAGCUGGAGCAGAGCUCGCCUACCCGUGGUUACUAUUACUGGGAUGAGGACUCGGGGCUGCUGUUCCUGAAACUGAAGGCCCAGAGCGAGCGAGAGAACUUUGCCUUCUGCUCGGUGAAAGGCUGCGAGCGGAUCAAGAUCAAGGCCUGGAUCCCCAGGGACGCAGGCCCCAGUGACUGUGAGGCUGCCGCCUACCCGAAGUAUGCCGAGAAGGCCAUCGUCCAAGUGCCGAUGCCAAAGAAACUCCCCCACUCCCAGCUGAAGACCAAGGACCGCUUUCUCGAGGUGAAGAUAGAAACAUCCAAGACCCGUUUCUUCCACCUGAUGAAUGACUUUGCCUACAUUGAAGUCGACGGGAAGAGGUAUGCCAUGUCCGAAGAUGGCAUCCAGGUGGUGGUGGUGGAUGGCAUCCAAGGGAGCAUCGUCGACCACAGGAGCUUCAAAAAUGCCAUCCUGCAGGGCAUCCCAGCCCAGAUCAAUAACUACGUAGCAUCCCUCCCCGACAAUUCCAUCGUGCUGAUGGUCUCAAAGGGAAGAUACAUUUCCAGAGGGCCGUGGACCAGAGUCCUGGAAAAGCUGGGAGCGGACAAAGGCUUUCGAUUAAAAGAGAAAAUGGCCCUGGUGGGCUUCAAGGGCAGCUUCCGGCCGGUCUGGGUAAGGAUGCUGACUGCUGGGGACAGAGCCAAGACCUUCCAGGUGGUGCCCAUCCCCGUGAGGAAGAUACGGAGCCUAUGAAGGUGACUUCGCCCACUGCCGGCCUGCUCAUGGGGACAGUGACUCUUGGUGAUCAAGCCCGACUGGCCAACAUCUUCUUCCGGAAAGGGUUGGGACACCGUGCCGGCUGGCCGGCCGGACCCUGGCCCUGCCCAGGAGAGACUCAACUAUCCCAUUUGCCCUCUGAGGGCUGUUUAGCUCUGGCACACACCAGUGGGUGGAUGGGAGGAGUCUCGGAGAUGGACCCCCCGAGCUCUUCAAGGCUCUGCAGGGAGUAGACGGCAGGCUGCAGGACAGACAGCGCCCUCCCGGCCUAGGCCAGAGGAGACUGUGUUUGAGCUGCAGGCUAGGCCUUCUGGGGUCUCCCGGACCACCUGGCCAAUGGAUGAAGGACACCACAGCUCAGCCUGAAGGAAACCUUUCUUCUCAUCCAAGCACAGGCAAAGCCCGAAAUCCAGUGGCAGAGUCUGGCACUUAGAGGCAAAGGACGACGACCCCGAGUCCCCUGGCUCUCCCCAGGGCUUGGUGCCAGCCUGCUGCCGAACCCAGGCUCCCCCCUGGAGGGAAGCACCUGGCAGGAGGAAGAGCCCGCACAACAAAUGGACUCAGUAGCCAAAUGUGCUAGGACAGACCUGGGUCCCCCCAAAUCCCAAAGACACCUACUUCCUCAUGCCCCAGUGUGGUUCCCUCCCCACCCCACUGGUGAGUUUGGGAUCAAUCGAUCGAUCGAUGGCAUUUAAUGAGCACUUUACAGU